GUGUCGUAGAGAUGAUGGUUUUCCACGCGGGAUCCUCUUAAAAGGGGAUCCAAAAUCUUUGAUAGAAAAUCAAUCAGACUCUAAUAACCCGACGAUAAUAUGGGCAAGGAAGAAAAGAACAGUUUCGUGUCCGCCGAACAUCAACAUGUUCAGCAUCAACAAUUUGAGCCUCAGUACGGCACCUUCCAAGGCGUCCCCAACUAUCCUCCUCCUCCUCCGCCUCCCGUCAUCGGCUUGCCUCAGCCUGCCCCUCCGCCGGGCGCCUUCCAGCCCUCCGCUCCUCCGUCCUAUCCUCCUCAGUACUAUGCUCACGGAUAUCAAUCCGUUCCGGGUUAUGCAAUCGCUGAGGGAACACCAGUGAGAGAGCGCCGCCUUCCUUGCUGUGGUAUUGGUGUUGGCUGGUUUCUGUUUCUUAUUGGCUUCUUCCUUGUUGCCAUCCCCUGGUAUGUUGGGGCCCUUAUUAUACUGUGUUCCAGAAUUGACUACCGGGAGAAACCUGGAUAUAUUGCUUGCACAGUGGCUUGGGCAUCAAUGGAAGAUCAUGAGAUGGAUGGGGAGCCUAUACUGCUGAAGUCCUUACCACCAUGUCAGCAUACGGUUUCAGACUGGGUUAUGAAUAAGGCUAUCCUUGCUACCCUGGCUGUUAUUCUUGGUGUUACAAAAGGAGGCGAUGACUGGUGAUCUUGGAGUGAUGUGUUACAUAUGUAGCAAAAUGGAUCUAUGCACUCGUCGCAUUUGCUGGAAAUUUACUGUGUUUAUAUGUUAUGUAUCUUUGACGGUUUGCAUAGUGGGAGGUGUCAAUGGUCAGCUGCACUCUAAAUUCUUACAAUGCAUCAAUUCUGUUCCUGGCGUUUUAAGGACGAAUUUUGGUCAAAUACAGUGAUGAAACUCUGAACACAAAAUGCGUUUGUUUUAUUUAUUGUAUACUCUUUUAAUUGACGCCUCGACCGAAAAGAUGAGGCACGUUUGGAUUUUGACUGUUAUGUAAAAAUGUUCCGACUGCUAUUCUUUUU